AUAGUGAGUGGAUGUGGUGUGUUUGUGUGUUUGUGUGAGAGAGAGGGAGAAAGAGAGAGAGAGCAAAUUGCUGCUCAUCUAAUCUCUCAAAGUGAUGGAGUGGGAGGAGGUUUUUUUUUCUUUUUUGCUGCAGCUGCACGAGAGAGAGAGAGAAAAGUGAGCUUGUCCACCUAGUGCUUUCUUCACAGACGGCUGCAUGAUAAUCCCAAUCUGAGGCCAUUAGUGCUUUGAGAGAGAGAGAGAGCGAGGGUUCCCCGGAGUGAGGGAGGGAGGAGUGACUGCUCUGGACAGAGACGCGCACGGCUGAAAAAAGGACGGCAGAACGGGAGGAGAGCUUUUAAGGGAUUUGGCAGAGAUUUGGAGAUUCUCAUGCCGUAAUGUUGCACUUCCCUCUGCUUCUGCCAGGAUGCCGCACUCUAAAACCCUCGAGAGCCUCUUCUUCAUUUAGUAUUUUUUUUUAAUUACAUCAGUUAUUUUUUUUAUUUAUUUUUUUUUAUAUUUUCUAACUUGUUUUUUUUUAGUUGUUUUUUUUCUAACCGUGCAGAGCAGGCAGUCUGAGAUGACAGAGCCUCAGGUUUGAAGUGCAGCCCAUCGAAUCUGGACCGAGGUUGGAGGCCCGCCUGGACAAUCUCCUGUGAUGGAUGAAUGAAUGAAGAGUGAUCCAUGAAGAAUGGGCAGGUAGACGGAGUGGCCCGGUGCUGCCAGUACCUCUGCUGGACAUCAUCAUGAUGCCAGAGGCCGGUCCAUACUGUCUCCUCUGCCGUUCCACCUCGCUGUUUGCGUCCCGUCCAUGGCUUCGUGCGCUGGGGCUCCUGCUGGUGGGCUUCAGCCCCCUCUCACUGGGCACCCAGCCCCAGUCCAGCCUCAAAAUCGAGGGCGACAUCACCCUGGGCGGGCUCUUCCCGGUCCACUCCCGGGGGCCUGCCGGCGUGCCCUGCGGCGAGAUCAAGAGGGAGAAGGGGAUCCAUCGGCUGGAGGCCAUGCUGUAUGCCUUAGACCAGAUCAACAGUGACCCCGACCUGCUGCCUAACAUCACCCUGGGGGCCCGGAUCCUCGACACCUGCUCCAGGGACACCUACGCCCUGGAGCAGUCGCUCACCUUCGUCCAGGCCCUCAUCCAGAAGGACAACUCGGGGGUCCGCUGCUCCAACGGAGAGACCCCCAUCAUCCCCAAACCGGAGAGGGUGGUGGGAGUGAUCGGGGCAUCGGGCAGCUCCGUGUCCAUCAUGGUGGCCAACGUGCUCAGACUGUUUGCGAUCCCCCAGAUCAGCUACGCCUCCACCGCCCCGGAGCUGAGCGACAACAGCCGCUACGAGUUCUUCUCCCGCGUGGUGCCCCCAGACUCCUACCAGGCCCAGGCCAUGCUGGACAUCGUCAAGGCCAUGGGGUGGAACUACGUCUCCACGCUGGCCUCUGAAGGCAACUACGGGGAGAGCGGCGUCGACUCCUUCAUGCAGAUAUCCAGAGAAGCAGGGGGUCUCUGCAUCGCUCAGUCCAUAAGGAUCCCCAGAGAGCCCAGACGAGGCGAGUUCGACAAAAUCAUCAAGAGACUGAUGGAGACGUCUAACGCUCGCGGAGUCAUCAUCUUUGCUAAUGAGGACGACAUCAAACGGGUACUACAGGCUGCGAAAAAAGCCAACCUGACAGGCCACUUCCUGUUUGUUGGGUCCGACAGCUGGGGGGCCAAAAGCUCUCCCAUCGAAGAUCAGGAAGAGGUGGCAGAAGGAGCAGUCACCAUCCUGCCAAAAAGAGCCUCUAUUGAUGGCUUUGACCAGUACUUCACCUCGAGGUCGCUGGAAAACAACAGAAGAAACAUCUGGUUUGCUGAAUUCUGGGAGGACGACUUCAAGUGCAAACUGACUCGACCCGGCAUAAAAUACGACCCCGACAGACGGAAAUGCACAGGCGAAGAAAGGAUCAGCCGGGACUCUCAGUACGAACAAGAGGGCAAGGUGCAGUUUGUCAUCGACGCCGUGUACGCCAUGGCCCACGCGCUGCACAGCAUGCACAUGGACCUCUGUCCCGGUUCCAUGGGCGUCUGCGAGAAGAUGGACCCCGUGGAGGGCCGGAUGCUCCUCCAGUACAUUCGCUCUGUAAACUUUAACGGCAGCGCAGGUACGGCGGUGAUGUUCAAUGAGAAUGGAGACGCUCCUGGUCGCUACGAUAUCUUCCAGUACCAAAUGUCCAACGUCAGCAACCCCGGCUACAGGGUCAUCGGCCAGUGGACAAACCACCUGCGACUUAACCUGGAGGAGAUGCAGUGGUCAGGAGGCGACCGCAAGAUCCCGGAGUCCGUGUGCAGCUUCCCCUGUGAGCCUGGUGAGAGGAAGAAGAUGGUGAAGGGCGUUCCCUGCUGCUGGCACUGUGAGCUCUGUGACGGCUACCAGUUCCUGCUGGACGAGUUCACCUGUGACAUGUGCCCUUUUGACAUGCGGCCCCUGAAGAACCGCACAGGCUGUCGUCCCACGCCCAUAAUCAAGCUGGAGUGGAGCUCUCCCUGGGCCAUCAUCCCCGUCUUCCUGGCCAUACUGGGAAUCUUAGCCACGACCGGAGUCAUCACCACCUUCGUCCGAUUCAACGACACGCCCAUUGUUCGCGCAUCUGGCAGAGAGCUGAGCUACGUCUUGCUGACAGGCAUCUUUCUCAUCUACCUCAUCACCUUCUUCAUGAUUGCGGAGCCCAGUGCGGGUGUGUGCACCAUACGCAGGCUGCUGCUGGGUCUCGGGAUGUGCAUCAGCUACGCCGCCAUGCUAACCAAGACCAAUCGGAUCUACCGGAUCUUUGAACAGGGCAAGAAAUCAGUCACGCCUCCAAAGUUCAUCAGCCCCACUUCUCAGCUGAUUAUCACCUUCAUCCUCAUUUCGGUUCAGUUACUGGGGGUGUUCAUUUGGUUUGGCGUGGUUCCCCCUCACACAACCAUUGACUACGACGAGCUAAAGCCUCCGAAUCCGGAGUUUGCACGUGGGAUCCUGAAGUGCGACAUGUCCGAUCUGUCGCUCAUACUCUGUCUGAGCUAUAGCAUUGUGCUCAUGAUCACCUGCACUGUGUACGCCAUCAAGAGCAGAGGAGUCCCGGAGACCUUCAACGAGGCAAAGCCCAUUGGCUUCACCAUGUACACCACCUGCAUCAUCUGGCUGGCCUUCGUUCCCAUCUUUUUUGGAACAGCACAGUCUACAGAGAAGAUGUUCAUCCAGACCACCACCUUGACCGUCUCCAUGAGCCUGAGCGCCACCGUGUCCCUUGGCAUGCUCUACAUCCCCAAGGUCUACGUCAUCAUCUUCCACCCGGAGCAGAACGUCCAGAAGAGGAAGCGCAGCUUCAAAGCCGUGGUCCAGGCGGCCACCGUGUCCACGCGCCUGUCCCAGAAGGUCAACGACAAGCAGAACGGAGAGUCCAAGAUGGAGCCGGACAGGUCUCAGUGACACGACGGGGGGACAUUUAGAGGUGGAAACAUCUGAGUGUCUGUUUCUGUCCUUGAGUUGUGGAACCAAACUACCAGCAAAUGUGGAGGUUUAUAAAACUUUAUUCAACCUGGAGGGAAACAUGGAAACAAAGGAGAAACUAACACUCACACACAUAAGGACUGUAACGAUACUGAGCCAUCUUGAAUCAAAUGGAAAAACAACAGAUUUUUUUAUGCUCCUUUAUCCACCUGCAGCUCCAGUCUAAAAUUUGCACACACUCAUCAUGGUUAUGGAUGUUGCAUUCAUUUUUGGGCUUUUAUUGUUGCACAUUAUUUAUACAAUAGGUUAAUUACAUUUUCAAAAAUAUGAAAUUGGUGCACAAGUUUGGAUUCACUGUUGAUUUUCUAAUUCAAAAAAGGACAAAAUGAGACGCAGAAGCUCAAAUACGUACGUAAACAUCCUCCCAUAUUUGAGUAAAUGUCCUUCAGCACACAGCAGAGAAACCGCAUGCUUUUUGAGGUGAUCAGCAGAAUUCUGGCAUAAUUCUGCAUGGAUAUUUCACCACUCUUCUUCCUCUUCCUCUUCUUUUUCUUCUUCUUCCUCUUCUUUUUCUUCUUCUUAGGAAUGAUCAACUCAUUUAAAUUGCAAACUGAGAGAUCUUCUACCAGGUCACAUCCACACAUCGUCGACGACGUGACUUUGUUGCUUUAUUUACCAACUUUUAAGACAAAAAAAAAAACCCGUAUUGGCCAAAAUUGGAAUCGACGGGUCAGGCUUUUUAAAAGAUAGGCGAUCGACUGGAAAAGUUGAGUCAGUGCAGCUCUAGUUGUAAUGCGUUUGGGAUCAGUGUCCUGUUGGAACAUCCACAGGUGACCAAGUUUCAGGUGACUAGCUGUGAAGUUCAAGGAUCUUGAUCUAGUCCUCCUACGUCAAUGAUCAAACAUCCAACUGCAACUUGUGCCUCAAGUAGAAAAUCUGUUUCAAAAUUAUUUCUACAUAUAUGAACCUAUAUUUAUAAUUUUCACCCUUUGUGGAGAACAAAAAAAUCACAACUAAUUUCUAUUUCAAAAAAAUACAUAUAUGCUGUUUGGAUUAAAGAACGGUUUAAAUGUGUCUCUAAAAGCCCUUAAUUAAUAGAUCCAUGCCUACGAUUGGUGGACAUAAAUGUCUCAGCAGGACUGUCCUUAUACCUCAGCUCAAUGGAGGUGUUUAGGAGUUUUAACGCUCCUUCGGAAAUACUUCUUAGGAGAAAGAAAAGCAUUUUCCUUUGUCCUACAGGAAGAUUUACAUCGUUAGUGGAAGCCGUUGGGACCAAGCGGCUCCUGAAGCACUGCAUGGUUUAUGUGUUUUAUGUGUUUAUUAGGAAUGUUUCACACAUUGUUUAUGAGGGAUGACCAUCUCUUAUCACACUGGAGGGAGAGAGAUUUAAAACAUAUCAAUAUAUCUGAAUCGCUGCUGGUUUCAAUAGCCAGUCGCUUAUGUCACGCAAUAUUUAUUUGUUUUUUUUUACUAAUGUAAUAAUGAGACAACCUAAUUUGUUUUUAGGUGGAAACGACAUUUAGGGGCACAAACAGGACGUGGGUGAUUGUGAGCAGGAUGUUUGUUCUCUACCUGGUACUCUUACAUCAGCAUUCUGGAAGACAAUGUUUGGUAUUUCCCCAUAUUGUUUGUGAAAAUAUGAAGCAUUCUGUGAAAAGGUCAGGCUGCGUGGCAGCUAUACGACUCCCGACUGGGAAGCUGCCAGAGCGCAGCCGAUCGGCCUUCAUCACUGUGAAAAUAUGUUCGAGGAAAUGUUGGGAAUGAUUAAAAUGACACUGAAUCAAUACGAGCUCAUGUUCGCCUAAUAGACCUGUUUUAGUUUCCUUUGUAAGUUUCAUUCAUCUCAGGAUGUUUACUUUUUUUUUUUACAAUAGACAAAGUAAAUAGUUAAGGAGCACGACUUGAACUUUUUCACUUUCUUGUUUCACCAAACUAAAGAAAACAUUUUUACCCGUUAGUGGUGCUUCUUUGUUUGAAGGAUGGUCUGUAGGUUUGCGGUCCUUUUUUUUUUUUUUUUUGAAGCGCAAAAAGGUAACAGAGAAUUCAAACGUGUUUUACUCCAGAGUUGGAAUUUUUUUUUGUACCUAAUCUUAUCCUCAAAAUUGAAAAUCAUUGCCUUUCUUUUGUUUAGUGGUAAAAAUAAAAUGGUAUUGGCUUGUACUGCUAACAGCAGCGUUAGCACACCAGUUAGCAAAUCCUGCUGGUUUUUGAACCUUCACCUGAAACAUGGUUUACUCUGGUGUAAUGUUACAUCACUUCAACUAAUCGAAUCCCAUCAGAACUGAGCAGCUACCUUCACUUAAUUCAUGUUUACAUCACAAAAA